AUCUAAAUUACCCACCUCUGCCGUUAUAAAAAAUAAUCUAAAGUAACCAUCUAAUCUUCAUGUAAAUUGCCUACUUAUGCCAUUAUAAAAUAAUAUCAAAUAACACCCUAAAUUUUUGUAUAUAUUAUGCAAUGAUGUCAUAAUAAAAAUUUAAAACAAACCCCAAAUCUGAAUCAAAAUUAUAUUAUUAUAAUAAAAUCGUAAAAUGCAUCAAUAUAAAAUUCUAAAUUACUAUUUCUAUCAUUAUUAAUAUAUUAUUUAUGUAAAAAUACUAACCAUAAUGUGUGUGUCAUCAUAUAUUGUAUAAGAGAAGAUAUAAGAAUAUCAAUUUUUAUGUUGUUCGCAUAGCUCAAAAAAGUGUUCAAUUAAAUACAUAUCAAACAUAUAUGGAGGUGUGAUGCAAAGUGAGAAAAAAAUUGUUAGUAACUAAACCUAUCAUAUUUAUUUCAAUUACAUAAUGAUAAAUAUGUAUCUUUACAAUAUUAUAUUAGAAUAUUUAAUUGGUUAAAGAGAACGUGAGAUAGAUAAUUAUUAGAUAUCUCUAACUAGUCCGUGUGGGAGCACGAGUUGAUAGACUAUUUAAUUUAGGAUCCAGUCUUUGCAUGCGAACUUCAGGUACAACACUUCAAGAGUUUGCACGAUAGUCUUUCUAGCAGUCUUGACAUUCUAAAAUCUACUAGUAGAAAGUGAGAUGCUUUUAUGUAGUCUAUGUUUGGCUAAUUCUUGUCAUGCUGUGAAUGAAAUUAUUGGACAGAUACUUCAUUGUAAUUGAUGAUAUAUGGGAUGCAACAGCAAGGAGUAUUAUUAGAUGCGCCCUUCCACAAAACAAGAAUGGUAGCAGAGUGAUUGCAACUACACGAAUCGAGGCAGUCGCUACAGCAUGCUGCUCCAAUGACUACGAAUAUGUUUAUAAGAUGAAGGCACUUGGCACUGAAGACGCUAGGAGGUUGUUUUUCAAAAGGAUAUUUGGUUCAGAGGAUACGUGUCCUUCGUAUUUGGAAGAAGUUUCAACUAGUAUUUUGAAAAGAUGCGGUGGCUUGCCCCUUGCAAUUAUCACUCUAUCUAGCCAUUUGGCUACUCAACAGAACAAACUGAACAAGGAGCAAUGGGAGCACACACUAAAUUCUUUGGGUUGCAGCCUUGAACUGAAUCCCACCUUGGAAGGAAUGCGACAGAUACUGAGUCUGAGCUACACAAAUCUUCCUCAUUGCUUGAAGACAUGCGUGCUAUAUUUGGGCAUGUAUCCAGAGGAUCACACAAUCAGCAAGAAUGAUUUAAUCAGACAAUGGGUUGCUCAAGGUUUCAUAAGCAAAGCACCUGGGCAAGAUCCAGAGGAUAUUGCAGUGGGCUAUUUCAAUGAGAUUGUCAACAGGAGCAUUAUUCAACCAGCACAUACAGAUAGUAACAACGAUGUACUGUCCUGUAGGGUGCAUGAUAUGAUGCUUGAUCUCAUUAUACACAGGUGUAGAGAAGAGAAUUUUGUCACUGCAAGUGAUGACAUACAAGACAUUAGUGGAAUGCUUAACAAAGUUCGUCGACUAUCCCUUCAUUUGAAUGGUGCCAUAGAUGGAAAAUCACUUGGAUCCAUUCCACUCUCACAUGUAAGAGCAUUCACCAGAUUUGGCACAUCGACUUACAUACCUCCUUUAGCGGAGUUCAAGCAUUUGCGGGUUUUGAAUCUGGAAUUUUCAAGCCCUGAGCGGAUGACGAUGGACCUCACAGGAAUGUGUUCUUUGUUCCAACUAAGGUAUCUAAAAGUUGUGAAUAAUGGUAGAAUAGAGCUAUCAAGCAAGAUUUCAGGAUUCCAACAGUUGGAAACAUUUGAAAUCGAAGCAUAUAAGGUUCAACUUCCAGCGGAUGUGGUUCAUCUGCACCGGUUGCUGCACCUGAUCGUUAAUGGUGGGAUAAGUUUGCCCCGAGGCAUUGGUAGCAUGAAAUCCAUACGCACGCUGAGAUUUUGCCAAUUGCUCAUGAGCUCAACAGACACCAUCACAGAAAUCGGUGACCUCACCAAUUUGAGGGAUCUUCAGCUACAGUUCAACCAUAUAAGACAGUCCUCUUCAGAGUCAGGUGAGGCGGCAGCAAGACAGUCAAUGGAUGCUUUGGGCUCUUCCCUUGAAAAGCUCUGCGAUCUCAGACACCUACGCAUCAAGCAUGAUGGUUGCUUGGAUGAAUUAAGUUCACUCUCUACUGCUCCCCUCCUCCUCCAGAGAUUCGUGACAAACUGGGGCUGGCAUUCGAGGGUUCCCAAGUGGAUUGGACAACUCCAUAGCCUCCACAGCCUUGAACUCUUGGUCAAGGAGAUGCUUAGAGAGGACAUCAGAAUGCUUGCACAGCUACCCUCCCUCGCCAGCCUCCGGGUGAAGAUUCAAGCAACUCCCAGAGAGGACAUGGUCAUCUGCAGAACUGGAUUCUCUGUACUGAAGCACUUCGAGAUCGGGUGUAGCAGAGUCUCACAUCUAAUCUUUGAGGAAGGGGCAAUGCCCGGGCUUCAAGUGCUGGAGAUGUAUUUCAACGCGUCAGGAUGGGACAGGCAUGGCGCUGCACCCGCUGGCAUCGAGCAUCUAGCAGGCCUCAGGGAGUUCUCUGCGCGUAUUGGGGGCAGAGGUGCCAAGGAAUCCAAUCGAAGUGCUGCACUGUCUGCGAUGAGAAAUGCUGUUGGUGUGCACCCAGGUUUUCCUUCAGCUGAUAUCAUGUGUUUCGACGAUGUGUGGACAGAUUUCGAUGACUACGUGAUGGAGGAGGUGCAGGAGGCGGUGGUGUUGAGUCCUUGAGCCCUUCCUAACCAGUCGCUAGCCAAGACGGCGGCUGAGCAUAGCUGCAUAGGAGCUAUCUGCUGUUCUAUUUCUAUAUCAUAUAUUACUUGGCUUGCAUCAAUGGUUAUUGUUUUAUAUCAAUGAUGAUUAGUCUACCAGAUUGGUUGUCGGAUA